AUGGAACCAUGGGAGAGCUUUCCCAAUCAACAGGAGGACACUAAUAGCUGUACAGAAUCUGUGAAGUUUGAUGCUCGCUCAAUGACCGCUUUGCUUCCUCCGAAUCCUAAAAAUGGCCCAACUCUUCAAGAGAAAAUGAAGUCUUUCAAAGCUGCACUGAUUGCCCUUUAUCUCCUUGUGUUUGUAGUUCUUGUACCUAUCAUCGGAAUAGUGGCAGCUCAACUCCUGAAAUGGGAAAUGAAGAAUUGCACAGUUGGUUCAGUUAAUGCAAAUGAUAUAUCUGCAAGUCUCGCAGGAAAAGGAAAUGACAGUGAAGAUGCAAUGAGAUUUCGAGAAGUCGUUACGGAACACAUGAGCGACGUGGAGAAGAGAAUCCAAUAUCUUUCAGAUAAUGAAGCCAAUCUCAUAGAUGCCAAGAAUUUCCAAAAUUUCAGUGUAACAACCGAUGAAAGGUUUAAUGACGUUUUUCUCCAGCUAAGUUCCUUACUUUCCUUCAUCCAGGGACAUGGAAAUGUAAUAGGUGAAGUCUCCAAGUCAUUAAUAAGUCUGAACACCACACUGCUUGAUUUGCAGCUCAGUAUUGCAACACUGAAUGUCAGAGUCCAAGAGAAUGCAUUUAAACAGCAAGAGGAGAUGAGUAAAUUAGAGGAGCGUGUGUACAAUACAUCAGCAGAAAUUAAGUCUCUGGAAGAAAAACAAGUGCAUUUGGAACAGGAAAUAAAAGGAGAAGUGAAACUGUUGAAUAACAUCACUAAUGAUCUCAGGCUGAAGGAUUGGGAACAUUCUCAGACACUGAAAAAUAUCACUUUAAUUCAAGGUCCUCCUGGACCUCCAGGUGAAAAAGGAGAUAGAGGUUCCACUGGAGAAGUUGGUCCACCAGGCAUUCCAGGUCCAGUAGGUCCUCCAGGUCUUAAAGGUGAUCGGGGAGCCAUUGGUUUUCCUGGAAGUCGAGGAUUCCCAGGAUCAGUGGGGAAGACCGGGAGGCCAGGAUAUUCUGGACAAAAAGGCCAGAAGGGGGAAAAAGGGAGUGGAAGCAUGCUCACACCGUCUAAGAAAGUUCGACUGGUUGGUGGUAGCGGCCCUCACGAAGGCAGAGUGGAAAUUUUCCAUGAUGGCCAGUGGGGUACAGUUUGUGAUGACCGCUGGGAAUUGCGUGGAGGACAGGUCAUCUGUAGGAGUUUGGGAUACCAAGGUGCUCGAAAUGUGCAUAAGCGAGCUUAUUUUGGACAAGGUACUGGUCCAAUAUGGCUGAAUGAAGUAUUUUGUUUUGGGAGAGAAUCAUCUAUUGAAGAGUGUAAAAUUAGACAAUGGGGUGUGAGAGUCUGUUCACAUGCUGAAGAUGCCGGGGUCACUUGCAAUACAUAA